AUGGCCCGACGUAUACCAGACGUGAACGGUAACGCACCACCGCCAUCGACACUCGCUGCACAAAUAGUCCAGAACCAGACCGGAUCGGCGCCACAGCAGAAUGGAGGAGCAGAGAUUCCUCUCAAAUCUCUGCUCAACGAGAUCCUCACUCUUCCAGACACCGCUCAAGAGACCGAUAUAGCGGUCAACGUCAAGCUCGUCCAUGUCGUGGCAGAGGCUGGUCUUUCCCCACUUGCCACGCUCGAUCCAUUCGCGAAUCAUGAUGCGGUCCUAUCUGAGGCUGCCGACAGCAUUGCUGUGAUUGCAAAGACCAUCAAGAGGAAGCCUGAAGUCUUGCUCACACCGAUUGUCGAGGGUGGGCCACAGCUUGUCCUUUUGCUUGUCUCAAGGCUGGUCUCCAUCUGUGGCAAACCGAAGACUGAAUCACUACAGAUCGCCGAGCUUCUGGACACCGCUAUCAGAGCCCUCUUGGCAAGUCUAGAGCUAUGGACGGCCGCUGCAGUCGUCGAGAGCAUGUGUACUGGGAUCGUAGAAGAAUGCCUCUCAAUUCUCGAGGCACAGAAGGAGCUCAACACUCCUUUCUCUUGCACUGUACCGUCGGCCAAAACUGUCGCAAAGCUAUGGCCGCAAGCUGAGGCUGCUAUCGCCACACCCUACCGCUGUCAGGAAACUAUCACGAGCCAUAAUCAUGCUUUCAUGCUAGCUCUAGCACUAUCGACUGUUGAGAGUCUUGACCGCGAGUGGCGCUACAACGUACAACUACGUCUACAGAUGCUGCUGGCUGCAAUGAGGAAGCGGCUGACAGCCGUCAAGCAAUGGGAGACCGCUUUGCUGCAGCUUCUGUCGAUGGACGAUCAUCUCCUUGUACUGCAGCACAUCCUUGCCGAUCUGGACAACGUAGCGCUUUCGCAAGCUGCUCAGGAGUACAUCACGAAGACGCUGGUUACUGACUUAAGAAUACGCAAUGGGCUUUACAAGGAGAGUCUGAUAGCCUACGCGCUGGCCGCUGCUAAAGCCAAAGCUUUCGACAAUCUCGGCGACGAUAUGAGGAUCGCUAUAGCGACAUGGCUUGUCCGCUGCUUGCCAGAGCACGAACUGCCACCAGAUGUGCUCGAGCUGCGAGACAUGCUUCAAAGCGACGACAGCAUGUUAGAUGCAGAGCUACGGGCUUCAUUCCUGCGAUUAAGCACUCCGUCAGCUGGCGUUGCUCAGCACAGACGCAAACGCAGACGUUUGAGCCCGGAGUCAGUACCGAGACCAAAUCUAUCCGACAGUCUGCGCAGUCGGUUGCUUCACGAUGAAGGCCAGGCCAGAUCUGACAUGUCUAACAUCGCCACGUCCAUGUACACGGACCUGGACGAAGCUGAGCAGUGUCGAGUAUGGAGGAUACUUAGAGAACGGGCAUCCAUACAACCAGAGCUGGUGGCCCAAACGAUCACAGCGCUCCUGCAGUCACCUGCCUUACGCGCAGCUAGGCGACCUAGAAUCGAGGCCAUGUUAGCCAUCCAAACGAUCGCCCGAUCCACCACGAAACCUGUCUUCCUACAGCUCAACGACUCUCACAUUGGCCGCUACUGCAUCUCCUCUGUGCACAGCUCAUUGCGUGAGCUCCGCAUAGCUGCUGGGAAGUGUCUGCCGUUGUUCCUAAGGGAUGAUCUGCCUGCUGAGCUUCUGAGACACAAUCGACACAUUGCGCUGGAGUACCUACGCCAGCUUUCAGAUCAGGAUGCAGCGAACGAGCAUGAAACGUUGAUACCAGUCUGGGCUGAAGUCGGUUUCAGUUGUGGGGAUCGCGAGCUCAAUCUUGCUUUGCUGCGUCUGGUCGAGUAUCUAGGGAACCCUAAUCCCCUGAUAUGCGCAGUUGCACAUGCCGAGAUUGAUAGACUCGCCACACUACGAGAUCAGACUGUGGGAGAUAUGUUCAAGCCGUUCUGGAGCACUAUCGCUAUCUCUGUCGUGCAGGACCUGACCCUGCGGCCGCAGAAGGCUCAACAUCUUUGCGAUCUGCUCGGGACAAAUGUCUCGGAGCUCUUGCUGUCGACACAACAUCAUACUAUUCCUACGCUGCUGCUAUCAAAGAAGAAGGACAUCUUGCAGAAGCUUGCUGCAGCUCGUCAGACGACCAUACAAGAUCUCUUCAUGCAGCCUACCAUCAAUUUUGUGGCGACUUUUGCCACCCUGCUGCUGCAGCCUGUGAAUGAUCCAGAAGAGGCUGGUCUUGCUUGCCUCGUAGAAGUGACCCAGAGCUUUCGCAAUCUCGACAACAUGACGAAUCUCAUCAAGGUGCAUGCCGAUGCAAUCGCGUGCGAGAUGCUUACACGAACAGGAGACGUGGCCGAUAAUCGCAAGCCUCGAAUGUAUCGGGCAAUACAAAUCUUCACGAACAUCGUGCAGAGGCGACAGGGCCAAUCAAAGUCGGAGAAGAAGUCCAACAAGGCUAUGUACGGGUUCGUCGAGGAGCACGCAUUGCCCAUGAUGGCACGGCUCUCCGAAGUUAUCGAGAGCGGAUCAUCUGCUCAGCUCAACGAGGAGAGACUGCGAUGUGUCAAAGGUAUCAAGGAGAUGAUACAUCUGGCGAAAAGCCAUGUCAGCGUUGCUCUAUCACAGCUACGAGCCACCCUGCAGUCAGCCAUGACACGACCAGAAUUACGUGAGGUAGCUUUGGCAGCUUGGCUUCAGCUCCUUGUCGUACUGGAGGGCGAGGACGUGGAGCCUAUGAUCGGCCAGACAUUCGCCCUGAUCCUGCAAUAUUGGGACAGCCUCACACCAGAACUUCAUCACACUAUCCAUUCGAACAUAGCGGAGCUGAUCAGGACUCACCAGCGAGUGGUGCAAGACAGCGUCAUGACCCUACCUUCAUUGAAGAGCAUACCAUUACUAUCGAAGUUCGGCGCAGAGAUCGAGCAUCUGCGAGCUCAUGAGAGUCCGGAAAGUCAUUGCAAGGCUUUUGAGCAGAGACUCCGGGACGAGAGCCUAGCUACCGUGCGCCAAGCUCUGCGCGAGCUACUGCCGUUCCUGGUUGAGAAUCAAGAGUUCCUGCACGAUGCUGCAGUCAGCGAGCAGCCCGUACUGAUUUUGUCGUUGUUGAUGCGGGCCCUGCUCGAUGUCGAUACGAAGUUCGCCUCUCGGGAUGUUGAGGUUGCGGAGCUUUGUGGUUCUGCUCUGGGUGCCAUCGGCUGCUUGGACUCAAAUCGAGUCGAGGCGUCCCGUCCCAGCAAGCAAGUGCUUGUGCUUUCGAAUUUUGAGAAAGCCUCAGAGACACUGGACUGGGCGGUAGUGCUGUUGGAAGAUGUUCUGGUCAAGUCUUUCCGAUCGGUCACUAAUGCACGCUCCCAAGGCUUCGUGGCAUAUGUGCUGCAGGAGAUGCUGAGGUCGUGCGGCUUUCGUGAUGCUGUUUCCAGGACGCGCUCCUCCCAGGGCUCCACCGCAAACCAGAAAUGGUUGUCCAUGCCGGAGCAUGUCCGUAUCACGUUGACGCCCUUCCUCUCUUCGCACUAUCACAUUACUAAUGCUCAGACCAACCCGCCACAGCGCACCUAUCCUGGCUUCUCCAUGGAUGCGAAUCAUAGCAGUUGGCUGCGAUCACUGGUGUACGAUUUGAUGUGGAGAGCGAAGGGCGACAAUGCGAAGAUGAUCUUCCCACUACUGGCUCGGCUAGUACGGAACAACGACAUCGGCAUUGCCACUUUCAUGCUUCCAUAUGUUGUUAUGAACGUCGUGGUCGGCGGCACCGUAACAGAUGUCAGAGAGCUCCACGAUGAGCUACUGGCGGUCUUGCAGUGCGAGCCAAUGACCAAUGCACAAACAGAAACUGCGAAGCAAGGUGGCGAGGCAGUCUUCAAAGUGUUGGACUACAUGUCAGCUUGGUUGCAGGAGAAGAAAAGGCUACUGUCUCAGACUCGAGCAGACGCUUUCCGGACAGGCAUCUCACCAGGCGACUUUGACGAGAUCAGCGACAUGGAUCAGAUCAAAGGCAUUGAGCAGUUCCUUGCCGAGCUACCCGCCGAGGCCAUUGCAACACGUGCUAUCCAGUGUGGUUCGUACGCGCGGGCAUUAUUCAACUGGGAGCAGCACAUUAGACAGCAUCGCACGAUCAUACCGUCCCCUCAGACGCAGCAAGAUGACCAGAGCCUGUAUGGUAGACUCCAUGACAUCUAUGCCUGUAUUGACGAGCCAGAUGGUCUUGAAGGGCUUGGUGCACAUCUAUCAUUCCUCACUGAGGAGCAACAAGCUGUUCAACACGCUAAAGCUGGCAGAUGGACAGCAGCUUCUGCAUGGUACGAGGCACAAUUGGCCGAGGAGUCGUUGGAGCCUGGCGAGAAGCUAGAUUUACAAGUCAGUCUUCUGAAGUGCUUCCGUGAGACUGGCCAAUAUGCCUCCAUGCAGAAGUACUCUGAGUCGUUCUUGAGGCAAUCCGAUACUCGGCCACCAGCAAUACUUUCCAUGCUGGCUGAGUCCGAUUGGAUGACGGGCACGUUCUCUACAGAGACUGAUGGACUGGCACAGAAUGACUCGGGCGCUUGGAGAGAUAUGAGCAUCGCUGUGCGCACUAUGCUGGACGGAAUAACGAGCACAACACCGAACGUCUUGGCGAAGCAAAUCUCGGCCAUGCGAGUAUCGAUCGCGCAGUCUAUGACCGAGUCGGGAACAACAUCCAUUCAAGCAUGCCACGACGAGCUCAGAAACCUGCAUGCUCUGCAUGAGAUUGAGGCACUUACCAAUGGUCAAGCAGUCGAUGCAUACUUGAAGAGCGCGGACAAGCGCCUCGCUGUUCUAGGGUCGUACAACAGCGAUAAGGUAUACUUGCUAGGCAUUCGACGUGCAUUCAUGCAAGCUCGGAGCGACACAGUCGUCGAUGCUGAGAUAGCGCCUCUAUGGCUGAGCACGGCUCGUCUGGCACGUAAGGCUGGCAACUCCCAUCAUGCGUAUCAUGCCGUGCUACAGGCACAUGCGUGUGGCGAUCGGACUGCCAAGCUGGAGGAAGCUCGUCUGCUAUGGCAUGAUGGACAUCAAAGGCAAGCGAUCCAGUCUCUUCAGUCUGCAAUCGAUGCGAGACUAUUCGAGCCAUCCGAUGAUACGAUGGAAGACAGUGGAACGACAGGCGGCGACAAGAGUCAGAACCUGCUUGUAGCCAGAGCUCAUCUAAUGCUGGCGAAAUGGCUUGAUACUUCGGGUCAGAGCCAGGCGAAGGACAUGCAGAAUCGAUAUCAGUUCGCUGCGAAGAAUUUCCAACGGUGGGAGAAGGGUCACUAUUACCUUGGUAAGCACUACAGCAAGCUUCUUGAGGCCGAGAAGACUAUACCGAGCGACAAACAGUCGCUCUCAUAUCGUGCAGGUGAGAUGACCAAGUCCGUCAUCGAAAAUCUGAUGCGUUCCAUACCAUUCGGUAACAAGUACUGGCAUGAAACCAUACCGAAAGUGUUGACCCUGUGGCUGGACCUGGGUCUGGAAUUGCUCAAGAAGCCGGCGCGAGGCGAAGAUCCAUCACUCCAUGAGAGACGGCAGAAGGCGCUACAAGCUGUCAACAAGCAGUUUCAGAAGUAUUACGAACGCAUACCCGCAUACGUAUUUUACACAGCUUUGCCGCAGAUGGUGUCACGUAUCAGUCACCCUCAUCCGGAUGUAUGGAAGCAGUUACUCAAUUGCUUGAUGCGGAUCGUGCAGACCCACCCAAGCCAAGCAUUGUGGUAUAUGCUCCCGGUGCUCAAGGCCACUGAUCGUGUGCGCGCCGAGCGCGGAAUGGAGAUUCUAAACAAGUUGAAGGAUCCGAAGAGGCAGGCAAAAGGCGAAGUUGACCUUCGUUCCUUGAUUGUGCAAAGCCAGAAGAUGGCAGAUGCCCUGCUGCAGGCGUCAGAAAGGCACGUCGAGCCCAAAAGAGCACACAUCAGCCUUGCCAAAGAUCUCGAUUUCAACGUCAAGCUCGCACCUCUACCACUCGUCGUGCCUGUCGAGACAUCAUUGAUGGCUAAUAUACCCCUUGGCGCCAACACCGACACGAUUAGAAAGCACAAGGCGUUCGCGCAGGACAAAGUCACCAUUGCAGGCUUCACGGACGAUGUUCUCGUGCUCAGCUCACUGCAGAGGCCUCGAAAGAUCAACGUUCGAGGAUCGGACGGUAAGCUAUACGGUCUGCUGUGCAAGCCGAAGGAUGAUUUGCGCAAGGACCAAAGACUCAUGGACUUCAACGGCAUCAUCAACAGGGCCUUGAAGCGGGAUGCAGAAAGCAGUAAGCGUCGGCUGUACAUCAAGACGUAUGCUGUGACGCCACUUAGCGAAGAAUCCGGCACUCUAGAAUGGGUCGAAGGCAUCAAGCCGAUGCGUGACAUUCUCACCGGAGUAUACAGUCGCAAGGGCCAGAAGAUCGACUAUCAUCACAUCAAAGCCAUGCUUGAGCAACAAAAGACGCCCUCAGAGCAUGCCCAGAUAUUCGUGGACGAAGUUUUGCCACAGUUCCCACCACUGCUGCAUGAGUGGUUCACCGAAACAUUCUCGGAUCCGGAGACUUGGUUCAUAGCGAGGCUGAGAUACACGCGAACAGCAGCUGUCAUGUCCAUCGUGGGCCACAUACUCGGUCUCGGCGACAGACACGGCGAGAAUAUUCUGCUCCAGGAAGGCACUGGUGGUGUCUUCCAUGUCGACUUCAAUUGUCUGUUUGACAAAGGACGCACUUUCGAGAAGCCGGAACUCGUACCCUUUCGUCUGACCCACAAUAUGGUCGAUGCGAUGGGUGCCUAUGGUUACGAAGGACCUUUCCGUAAAUCCGCUGAGCUCACGCUAGCGCAGCUUCGCCAGAACAAGGACACUUUGAUGACGAUCCUGGAGACUUUUCUGUACGAUCCCACUACGGACUUCAUCGGCAAUAAGAAGAAGAAGAAUACUGUCGGUGUGCCAGAGACACCACAAGAGAUUCUUGACAGCGUUGCGAGGAAGCUGAAGGGCUUGCUGAUCCAUGAGCAUGUCCCCUUGGGUGUCGAGGGUUAUGUUGAUGCUUUGAUACAGGAGGCGACAUCGCAUGCGAAUCUUGCGGCUAUGUAUAUUGGGUGGUGCGCAUUCUUGUAA